AUGGCCAAGUUUGACCACCAGCUUCUCUUGUCAGUCUACAUCCUCACCUUCCUAAUCGGCCUUCCCGCCAACAUCCUAGCGUUCAUUACCUUCUGUCGAAAGGUUUACCGCAAGCCCACCCCCAUUGACAUUCUCCUGCUAAACCUGACAAUAUCUGACCUCAUCUUCCUCGCAGUCCUGCCGUUCAAAAUGAAGGAAGCCUCUGACAACUUGAACUGGAGCCUGCCAUAUUACCUGUGCCCCAUUAGCAGUUUCCUUUUCUUCUCCACCAUCUACACCAGCACGUUAUUUCUGACCGCGAUUAGCAUAGAACGCUACCUAGGUGUUGCGUUCCCGAUCCGAUACGCUCUAGGCCGCCGACCACGCAACGCUGUGAUUGCAAGCUGCUUCCUCUGGCUUCUGGGAUCUCUAAACCUCAGCAUCGUGUACAUUGUGCCAUAUAUACCCUCAAGUGAUAAUUCAAGCUACAGCAACCUACACCCCAAUCCUCACGUGACAAUUUGCUACGAUAACUUCACCAUAGAGCAGCUGAACAUUCUACUUCCUGCUCGUCUGGAGCUUUUUCUAGUGCUUUUCUGUAUACCCCUCCUCAUCUGCUGCUUCUGCUACAUAAACUUCAUACGAAUCCUCUCCAAUCUGCCUCAUCUCGGACGACGGCGUAGACUCAGGGCCAUUGGGUUGGCGGUGGGGACGCUGUUGGUUUUCACCGUCUGUUUUAGCCCAUAUAACAUCUCGCAUGUGGUUGGUUUCAUCCACGGUAAUAACGAAUGGUGGCGUCAUUUUGCUUUAAUCUCCAGCACUCUGAACGCCUGUUUGGACCCCAUCAUCUUUUACUUUUCCUCAGCUGCAGUUCGCAGUGCUAUACGCGCAUGUGUUAAUAGUCUAAAGGAAAAAAUUUAUAUCGUAGAAUGCAGAAACUGCUGUUCUGCUGGCCCUUGCAAAACUGAGGCCUACAAGGAGACAAACCCACCUAUUAACCUGGGGUGA